UUUUGUUUUCGUUAUCUGUGUGCCUGCUACUUUGCUUGUUACACAAGGACAUGUUUAUUGGAAAAGGCGCGCUCUAUGGUCCGUAGCCUUGGCCAAGGACAUUAUUAUUUCUACUAGAUGUAACUUCAGUUUCACAGAUAAUGCCCAAUGUAUGGAUGUUUAAGUUCAUCAAAUCUGAUUGCAUUAAUGCGGUCAGUAAUAGGAUUGGUUACUGUAAUAAUCUUCAAAAUUUAGUACUAGAAGAGUACACAGUGAAAUCGCGUAAUAACGACAUGUUUUAAAAGCUGACUUCCAUUGUUUUAAAGUUUGCCUUUUAAAUAAGACUCCCAAAAGCGAAGAAUCACAGCGAGGGAUCUAAUUAGAUCCCUCGCCGGUUCUUAAGAUGGUUCUUAAGAACCAUGUUAUCCCUAAGCAUGUCUUUUAUUAAGUGUAUUAUUCUUAUCUUUCUGCUGAAUUAUUGUCUCCGCAUUCCUCCCAUUUAGAGGGUGAAAUAUUUCACUCUUUUCUACUUAAUGGUUAUGAGGCAUUGCCGAUAGUCGAAGACGUCUUCGACUAUCGGUGCUCAAAUUGAAUUUCUUUAAGUUGCAUAUGGUCAGUGACAACAAAGUAAGGCACAGAGUUAGAUGGGAAAGGAAAUUAAUUCAAUGAAGUUAUUAAGCCGUAUCAGUUGAUAUGGCUAGGAUACGCGAUAGUCAUCCUGAGCCAGUGCUUACUUUGAACAGGAGUACCAGGCGUAGUGGGAUUAGGCUAGUAAUAUUAGAGCGUAGACAGGACGAAACGUUGUGUCGAACUAUGAAGUCUUUGACCAUAUGGAGAGGUGUAGAUAUCCUGGUUCAUCUGUGUGUUAGAAAUCAAAGGUUGGAGACUGUUGGUGAUGUGAGAGAAAGUCGAUUGCAAUGGUAUAGAUAUGUUUACUCUUUGUUAUUUUCUGAACUGUGAAAACUUUCAGUAGUCUUUAUGUAGUGGUGUGUAUCUGCCUAUGUUGUUUUCACUUACUCUACUUUUACGUGGUUUUACUCGGACUUACUCGAUUUCCCGGCAAGUUCUACAUUGAAAGUUCAGUUCACUUCAGUUUCCCAUCCAUCAUACCGCUUUUCAUUACCGUAUAAUUAUUCUAUCCUUGUUUGUUUUCACUGCUACAAUUUAAAGAAAGAAAAUAAAUGUUACUCAUAUAUUACUUACAUGUGUCUAUAGUUGUCAUUAAGCUACACAUUUUAUGCAAGUUAGUGGUACUACCAGUCCAGGGAAAAUGAAAUUCGAAACUGUGACCUGUUGGUUGAAAAUCAAGCUCUUAAACCGAUCAGUAAAAGUAGUCCAUAAACAAACUUUGCGUCCUUAAAAGACUAAAACUUAUUUAGGAUAUUUCCGUGGUGUAUCAGAAUUAUUCACAGCUCAAAGUUUACUUUUACAGGUGUUUCAUAAUAUAAUUUUUGUAUGAAUCAAAAGAAGAGCACCCCUGGAUUUUCGACCUGUUGAGGAAAUAACCAUUUUCAAUGACUCGUAGUUUUUGGCGUAGCUCGAAUUACCUGGAAUGGUUACUAGAUCGUCAAGAUGUGAUGAUACACAGGGCAAGUGAUCUGAAGGUUCUUGGAAGUGAAGAAGAAUAUCAAAAGGUGAUGCUUUUCUUCACUGAUGUUAUUCAAGCGUUUGGUAAGAACGUAGAAGUUCGUCAACAAGUGAUUGCAACUGCGCUAGUGUACUUCAAGCGAUUCUAUAGUCGGAAUUCAUUUAAAACCAUUGAUCCAUGGUUAAUGGCUCCAUCGUGUCUAUUUCUAGCUUCUAAGGUUGAAGAAUUUGGUGUAGUGUCGCAAAAAAAUUUAAUUGCAUCAUGCCGUAACGUUGUGCAUAGUCAUUAUUUAGUAUACUUUCCUGAUGGUUAUGGAUAUCCAUACCGUGCUCAAGAUGUUUUAGAGUGUGAAUUUAUUUUACUUGAAGCAAUGGAUUGUUCAUUAAUUGUCUUUCAUCCUUAUCGUCCGUUGGUACAGUUCUGUGAUGAACUUCGUCCGCUAAUGCAUGAGUAUGCUGAUUUAUUACUUGAACGUGCCUGGUGGUUAGUGAAUGAUAGUUUUCGAACUGAUGUUUGCUUACAUUAUCCUCCAUAUAUAAUUGCAUUAGGUUGUCUUCAACUAGCUGUUUUAAUCGUGUCAAACAAUCCUGAUUUAUUGACUGGUGGUGGUUCAUCAUCAGGAAUGCUGAAUUCCAGUCUAUCCGGAUCAUCUAACAAGUACGGUUAUUUUACACAUUAUUCUCAGCCAAGUGUUAAUCCCGUUUUAGUUGCUGAUCUCUGGUUUAGCGAAUUAAAUGUAGAUAUGGAAAAGGUCCUUGAAAUAUCGCGUCACUUACUCAACUUGUAUGAUCUUUGGCGUCGUUUUGAUGAAUUGGCGGAAAUGCCUAAUAUAUUACUGAAAAUUCUUCCACGUCCUGUUAUUCAACCGCCACAUAAUUCACAGAACUACACAUCUGGGAGUACAGCUAAUGUCACUAGUUGUAAUAGCGGUACUACGAGUCAAUCAUCUUCAAGUAUUUCUAGUGGAACUCAACAACAACAACAACAACAGCAGGGUCAUAUGGGUCAAAUGAUGGUAUCAUCAGGUACAGGAGGUGGAAGCACUGCGGGUACUGCAAGUAGCAUGCGUGCUAUGUCAGAUCAACAAACGCAGCAGCAAAAAAGAUCAAUGGCGUCAUCCAAUCAACCCCGUAUGCAUCCACAAGGAGGGAUGCAACAUUUGGUUGUUCAGUAGUAUAACUGAUGAGAAUUGUGUUCUUCCUUUGAAAUGAUUUCCAGUUGUAAUAGUUUUCCUCACAGUCUUUUGUGUAAAAUAUGGAUUUCGUGUUCCCUCCUUGAGUUUGAGUUAUCAUUUGGCAGUAUAGUUUUGUGAAUGCAUUACAUUGACAUUGCCUUGUCAUUGCUGAACUUAUUUUUGUUAUCAUGCAAACUGCUUAUAAGUAACAGGAACGAAGUUUCCUUAAACUUUUGAUAAGUAAAUACAAGUUUUCAGAUUAUAAAUGUUACGAAUUUCAUUGGUUAAUAUGUGCACCAAGUCAGAUUGAAUCAUUAUAAAUUUAGUU